UUCCCCGCGUUACGGCACAGCUGCUGCAAGCUUCCGGCUCCACAGUGUCCACACUCGGCAUUGGUUCCCUUAGUCCUUGUGAGCCAGCAAGCCAACCCGGGCGAUUCACGGAGUCAGUUGUAGCUGCCCUGUCACCCUUCUACCCCAGCUUCCUGCAUAAUCUUCCGAUCGUACUACGUCGUUCACCGUCGCAAUCAUGGUUUUUGGUCCUCCGGCAUGGGCGCCAAAACUCCCCUUCGAUCCUCCAGAUAGUGUGUCUAUUCCCGACUUUCUUUUCGACGAGCAAUAUGGCCGCCAUCCUCUUGGUUACGCGAAGAACCCUUUCACCUGUGGUCUCUCUGGCGCGACAUACAACGCUCUCGAGGUCAAGGAGCGCAUAGACUUCCUCGCACGUGGCAUGGCGAAAGAGUUUGGAUGGUCACCGAACAAUGGUACUGAGUGGGACAAGGUUGUCAAUAUAUUCAGUGUCAACACUAUCGAUUACAAUGUCCUCAACUGGGCCAUUCAUAGGCUGAAUGGUAUAGCUACACCUGCCAAUGCUGUGUACUCGCAAAAGGAACUCGAGCACCAGCUGCGUGACUCUGGUGCGAAAUACAUCUUCACUUGUCUACCUCUCCUCGACAUUGCCAAGGGUGCCGCACAGACCGUUGGCAUACCCAAGACGAACAUAUAUAUGCUCGAAUUGUCGAAAGAAGCUACUGGCGGCCAAGAAUCGCCCAAAGGCUACAAGACAGUGAAUGAUUUGAUCAGGAUUGGCUCCAAGGAAGCUCGACUAGAACCAUUGAAAUGGGAGAAGGGCCAAGGAGCUCGUCAGGUUGCGUUUCUCUGCUAUUCGAGCGGGACGUCAGGACUUCCGAAAGGUGUCAUGAUAUCGCAUCGCAAUGUUAUCGCUAAUACGCUACAAGUCACGACAUUUGAAAAGCACUACCGAGACACGAAGCGUGACAAAAGUCUCAAUAAUCAGUCUGAAUAUACAGAGAAUGGGCUCGGCUUACUUCCGAUGAGCCACAUUUAUGGUCUUAUUGUUAUCUGUCACGUCGGUACCUACAGGGGAGAUGGCGUGAUUGUGCUACCUAGGUUCGAGAUGAAGCCAUAUCUCAAUGCGAUCCAAACGUAUAAAAUAGCCACACUAUACCUCGUCCCACCUAUCAUCAUUCUCAUGACAAAGCAAAAAGACGUGGUGUCUCAAUUCGACAUGAGUAGCGUAGAUAAUAUAUUCACGGGCGCAGCGCCAUUAGGUUCGGAAACAGCCCAGGAGCUACAGAAUCAGUUCCCAUCCUGGUGCAUUCGCCAAGGCUAUGGUUUGACCGAAACCUGUACAGUCGUCUGUACAACAUCUGGUCAUGAUGUCUGGUUCGGCUCCUCUGGAUCACUCAUACCGGGAGUUCAAGCCAAGAUUGUCACAGUCGAGGGUGUUGAGUGCACAGGCUACGAGGAACGCGGGGAGCUUGUUGUGAAAUCGCCCUCUGUGACUCUGGGUUAUCUGCAUAACGAGAAAUCAACCAAGGAGACGUACAUCGAUGGUUGGAUGCGGACUGGCGAUGAAGCCAUGGUCUGUAAAGCUCCUUCUGGCAACGAGCAUAUCAUUAUUACCGAUCGCAUCAAGGAGCUUAUUAAGGUUAAGGGUCAUCAGGUGGCGCCCGCAGAACUUGAAGCCCAUCUCCUGACCCAUCCUGCAGUUGCUGACUGCUGUGUCAUCCAGGUCCCAGAUGCUCACUCCGGUGAAAUACCCAAGGCCUUCGUCGUCAAGUCGCCGUCUGUUGGCCUUGAAGAAAAUGAUAGGCAUAUUAAACGUGACAUUCAGAGACAUGUCGAAAAGCAUAAGGCAAAGUACAAAUGGAUUACUGGUGGCGUCGAAUUCAUCGAUGUUAUCCCGAAGAGCCCGAGUGGGAAGAUCUUGCGCAGAUUUCUACGUGACAAGGAUAAGGAGAGACGCACAAAGGAGGGUGCAAAAUUGUAAGCAAUAGAUGCUUGAGGGAGCGCGUGAUAUGCAUGCCAUGUCUUUAAUGUGAGGAAAGCUCUGCUUGGUAGAGCAUUGAUGCAAAUCGGCUAUAACGAUGGAUGCUCUCAAUACUUCAGUCUAAUAUCAGCAAUUUACAGCGCAUUCGCACGAUUUAUAGCCAUCCUAGAUCUUUAUAC